GGUUUUUGACUUUUGCGUUACUGCUGAUGAAGUCAAUAAGCGAGUCUGGUGGGUAUGUGUCGUUUGGUCUCCCAGAAUUCGAAAACUCUCAAAGAAACAGCGGAUUUUUGAAAAGAUUUGUAAAUAAAUUGACCAGUCGUGCCUCCCUUCACAUAGAGGAUGAUAAAAAUAAGUUUCAGUCCACAAAAGUCACUCAGAUAUCAGCUGAUAGUGUAAGUUUGUUAUUUAUUUGUGCUACUGGUUCUGGGCUGCUUGGCCAUGCUUCACACACAUCGUCAUGACAUCACUAAUUAAUUGUUUUGUAAAAUGUGCCUGUUUAUUCGGUUUACUCUCCACUGUUUUCGUGUUUUAAUAUGCACGUCUUAAUCAAACAGUUAAAUUAAUCUGAAAUUUGAACGGAAAUGAAUAGGGAAUCGUUCAAGGAGAUUUUCAUUAUUUGGUAAAUAAGUAUGCAAAUUUCGUAACAGGAGACAAAAUCAGGGUCAAUUCAUAGGUGCUCUUUAGUUGACCUUAAUAAAUUAGAACGGAUUUCAGAUCAGCCAGUAUAAAAGUAUAGUAUUUUUACGUAGUUUAUAAAUCUCUAGAGGUUAGUAAUGGAUUUGAAGUUGAAGAAACAAUGGUGUAGAUAUUUGGCUUCGUGGAUGAAAAAUAGCUUGGAUAGAUUCUUAUAUACUGGUAAAAAUAGUUUUCCAACCGUCUUUAUGCUUCGUCAAUGUUGUUCGUAUAGAUUAACCUCAAUGGUAAAUACUACAAACACUAAUACGUAUCAGGUGCAUUUUUUUACCAAAAUUCCAUAAAAUGAUCUCCGGAAGGAGCCUUUUUUCCUUAAAGUGCAUUAUUAUUACGACUAAUGGUCACCUUGCUUAUUUAAACCAUGUUUUUCAACCGAGAGUGAUUCUUGACAUCAUACAUCUUCGUCCCUGCACUUUGAUUUUGCUGUUUAAGGCAACCGAAUUCUGGUCAACUUUAUAGCAUUUAUUUCUGUUGUUGUGUAUAACACUGGUUUGUCAUGCACAACUUCACUUUUUGCCCAAAAGCUUACUGUUCCGUGCUUUUUUUAUCAAGGGUUUUCAAAUAGGUACUAAAUUUAGAUCUGGUUUGUCUUAUUUUUAGAUUCAUUUCUUUCUGUAUUGUCCCAUGUGUUUUACCCUACAUGUAUAAUAACUUUCGAAAUCCAACUGAAAGGGUGGGACUUGUUAGUAAGAUCUAUUAUCUAGUGUCUUAAUGCCACUUUUCUAUCUUACCUCUUAAAAAUGCUGCUACUGGAAGGAGUUGGAAUGUAUCCAUGACCUUCAGGUUUUGCGGAAGACGCAUGACGUGCAGUCUAUGCAAAUAUAAUUAUGUUUCUGCACCUCAAAUAUCACUGAAAAUUAUGUGUAUGUGCGUAGGUAAAUGGUAUCUUUAUAAUAUUUGAUUUGUUUGGAAUAUCUAAACGUCACUUGAGAUAAGAGUCUCGGAAAUUCUCUGUUAUGAAUGAUCGACUUACUGUUUAUCGUUUAGUGGACCAACCUCUGAUUUUAAAGUUCCUAGUAGUUUUUGGUUGCGCAACUUCAUAUGUGUACAUACUGAGCCGUGCACCCAGUAAAAAGAGAUUUCUCAACUACCCUACUUAUUCAAUGUACACACGCUAGACGAUUGACCGUAUGCCUAAAAUCAUUGUGUGAUCACACAGUGCAUGAAGAAUAGUUCGCUUGUUGUCAAAUGUUCUCAACAUGCACAUGCAGAUCAAACUACUGUGUUUCACAAAAUUGUAGCUGCUUCCUGUUUAUUAUUUAGUAGCCCCACUAAUUUGUGUACCACAGGUUCUCUGUCUAAACUAAGAAGUGUAUAACUAUACGCGGUUUCGACCCAGGUUUUAUAUUCAUUUUAAACUGUUACCCUUAAAUGAAAAAAAUGAUUGCAUUUUAUAAAUGAGACAUGCUUUGGUCUUUCCAUUUACCAUUUGAUUUUUUCUCAGUAAUACUCACUUUUUAUAAACUUGUUGUGCGGCUGAUAAUUUAUUUUCGAUACAGCUUAUUGCUACUUGAAAAUCUAACAAACUAACUUUCAGGAUAUUAGAAAGAAACUCUUUCGGGUCAAUUAAAAAUUUUAAAUUAUUGGUGGGAUAUAGAAAGAUUGCUAGACAAGCAAUUUUAAACUUAGGGGUAGGGUUCUAGAUGAGAACAAUCGGUCACUUUGUAAACCAGUAUAAACAGGCUGCAACGUGCUAGCUAUUAACUUCUGCGAGUGUCGAUCAAAACGACUACACUUUUGCAAAAGGGUAUCAGGAGUAACGUCUACGCAUAACAUCGGCUAAUAAAUCCCGACUGUUCGUCCAAUCUUAUUCGUAAUCGAAACUCAAUGUUUCGAAUCAGCAAACGUGUUCAUUAUUGAUUGAAAACCUUUGAAGAUACACUAAUUUAUUUUACGGUAAAUGUUAAAAAAUACAUUGCUUCAUCCUUGUUCUGUAUACAUUCAUGUCUUCAAUCCUGUUCAAUUUUAAUGUUCUACUUUCGUCGAUUAUCUACUGCUGAUGCUUUUUUUGUAGCUCCUUUCUUCUGUUCACUUAGUAGUGUUUAAGGUUAGUUAUUACUGCAUUUUAAUUAAAAGGUAGUGUCAGUUAAAGUAACUAAAACACUUCCACAGUUCAUUAAUAUAAAUUGUUGAUAGUUUGUAUUGUAUCUAAAUUUCUGUAGAAAAAUGAAAAUAAACUGUCUCAUAAUAGCCUCUCAGCAUUGGAUGAAAACAUAUCUGACGGAGUGUCUAGUUCUUCUUCACAUAAUCAAUUGCCCGGAUCUAUUCGACCACCUGAAAGACGCUACUGGAUGCAAGAUGAAAAUUGCAAAUUUUGUUUUGAAUGCGGUACACGUUUUACUGCCAUCCGCCGUAAACAUCAUUGCCGUGUUUGUGGGAGGAUAUUUUGUAAUCAGUGCAGUAACCAGAUUGUUGAAGGGACGCAAAUUGGACUUGAUGGUCUUCAACGAGCCUGCAGUUAUUGUGCUGAAACACUAAUUAGUACUAAUACCAAUAAACCAGAACAUUCAUUGGACAAAAAUUCUGUCAGGUCGCUAAAUACAGACAAUAUUCAUGGUUUGAAGAAAAAAAUAAGCUUGAUUGAAAAAACCCAGAGAAACAAUACCCGACCAAAGUCUGUUCCAUCUCAUGUUAGUCAUCUUUCCAAUCUUAAUAUACGCAUGAGUACUGGUUUGUUGAAUAUAUCCAAUUCAAAGGCAUUGCUUACUUCACCUUCAUAUUUGAACAGAAUAGCUGUGGAUUUAGUUAGCCCAAACAAUUCUACUUCUACCAGUUCAGCAUAUGAAUGCAGAGACUUGUUUCCUACAUUUUUCUCAGCAACCUUCCCAAACGGUAAUGAUGCAUCUCCUUCAUUGGAUUCUAUUAGACAAACAAUGCACACCGUUGAAUCUAGUACAUUUGGUGUAAUUCGUCGAACACCGCGCAUAAGUCAGGGUCUAGUUUUAAAUGAAUCGUUGAAUAUAGAUAUUUGCAGUGCCCCAUUCAAAAAAAUUUCUUCAUCUCAUUCGUUUGAAUGUUUACCAAGCAGUGCAUCGCAGUCAUUAUUCAAUCCAUCAUCAGGUCAAGAUAUACUUUAUUUGUGGUCAAGGCUUUGGGCUAAUUCACCAAAGGAUCUUGAGUUUUCAAUUAUCAGUAUUUCACAGUUGACUGCAUCGUCAAAUGGACCAUUAAGUCGUGUACAUAGCCAUUCAAAUGAAAAUUUAACGCAAGACAACAAUUCAUGCAAAUCGUUACAAUUAUUUAGACUGAAAAACGAAUAUGAAGAGUACUACUGUACUUAUGGCCUAGUACUAGUUCAUUGGUUAGUCAAUAAUGUACCAGAAUUGGAACGUUGUAGAAUGAAAGGACGACUGCUCUGCCAGAAAUUUAUGGAAUUUGGUUUACUAACUGAUCUACAAAAUCCUAACUGUAAACAAUUUCAUGACAACUUUACAUUUUAUAAACUAAAGCAGAUUGAUUCAAACAGUCGAUUAUAUGAUCAAACUAAUUCAAGAAGAAAAACUGUGGAUUUUACUUCAUUUUAUAAUAAUUUUAAUGUGAACUCAACUUCUACUAUUGAUACUACUUAUUCAAGUAUACUUGGGAUUCAUGAACCAAAUUGGUUAUUAGAGAUUAAUAGUUCUGAGAAUGAGAGUUCUAGGUCUUCUACACCUUACUUGAUAGAAGGUUUCAAUGAUUUCAAAUCAAAACCACCUGGGGUUCGACCCAGUUUUGAAGUUGGAAAAGAUGUUAGUAGAAUGCGAGAUUGUAGUCUUGAAUCUCUUGGUUCAACACAAAAAUGGAAAUAUACAACACAACCAACAUUAAAUAACCACCAGCAGCCAAUUGAUUUUUCAGUACAGAUGAAUACUGAUGAAUACAUAUGUAACAUGAAGAAUAUCUUUGAUAAACAUAUAUAUCGGUUGGUUUUACAAGAUGUACGAGAUAAUGUCUUAGAUCCUAGCUGGGCAUCAAUUCUAAUUCGUUUAGCAUGGAAUGUUUGUCAAACAGUGCACUUUGAUUUACGAUCAACUGGUUUACGUUAUUUUCAAUUUAAUCGACAACAGAAGCAACAAUCUCAGUCAAAUAAUGAAACCGUUAAAAAUAAUGACGUACAGAAAUCCGUUAUGAAUUCUAAUACUGUCUAUAAACAACAAGUUUACUCACCAAUGGAUAUUCGAUAUUAUGUACAUAUUAAAAAGCUACUGGAUGAAGAUAACAAAAAUUCAGACUUGUUCCCUGGUCUUAUUUUCUCUAAACGUCCAACUCACAAACUAAUGCCAACUGUUUUAAAUAAUCCUCGUAUACUUCUUUUGGAUUCAUCUAUAAGUUAUCAACGUACUACUUCUAAAAUGACGUGGUUAGAAUCUCAGAUCAUGCAAGAAGAAGAAUACAUAACCAAUUGUGUUUGUAAAAUUCUCUGUCUACAUCCUAAUAUUAUAUUCGUCAGUGGAACUGUUUGUUAUUUAGCACAGAAUUUUAUUUUCAAAUCAGGAAUCAUUUUAUUUUCCAAUGUAAAACAAUCGGUGUUGUACCGUAUUGCACGAAUGACGGGUGCCGAUAUCUUGGAUUCAAUUGAUCGUUUAAUGAGCAAUCCUUCAAGAAAAUCAGAUAACAAUACUCAAAAGUCAGCAACUCGUCUUGGUGUUUGUAAUCAUUUUGAAGUUAGACAAUUACAUUUACCAGAUGGUUCUACAAAAUUUCUUACUUUCAUGAAAAAUAAUUCUACCGAAACUGGUUUGGUUCUUGAUUCUAAUCCUAUCCGGUAUAUCACUCAUGAAGCGACUGUUAUUCUACGAGAUAAUGAUCUUGCUUCACUUAUCCGUGCAAAACGUUGUUUUCUAUUUACAUUGCGCUUGUGCUACAAUGCACAGUUAGAAUUGGCUUAUUCAAACAGUGGUCAUAUUUUCCAGCUUCCUCAUUUGUUACUGAAUACGGAUACCCAUUCAAGAUCACGUAUAAAAUCUCUAAAUAAGAUGUGUUUACAAAAUGAUGCUGAAUAUCCACCGUUUCCUUCUCCAGUACCGAGAAAAAAGGCGUUAUCUGACCUCAAUGGUUCAGUUAUUUUUAUUUCUUCUACGAUCGAAAAAACAUCUAUAUCAAACGAUGAAUAUGACAAAAAUCCCUGCUCUGAUUUAGCAAUGUAUCUUCAGGGACGUCUAUUAUCUGUCUCACCAAGUGUUGAAUUUCGUUUACCCUAUUUAGCGUCUAUAGAAGGCCAGUUAUCUUAUUUAUACCCAUACUACACUUAUGUAAUUGACUGGCCAUUAGGACGUAGACUAAAUGAUUUGAUGAAACGGAAAGAAAAAAUUUUAAAUAGCGAAUUGACAGCAUUAAAAUAUGACAUGAUAAAUGAUAAAUUACAUAAUUAUCCAUCGAAACAUAUUUCAAGUAAUGAAUCAUCUCAUCCAUUCACAAAGUGUAAUUUAGAAAUGUUUUCAUCGCCUACUUUAUAUAAUUCAAAAUUAAGUCGUCUUUUACCAUAUUUUCUUAGUGAUAACAAUGACAACAAUGAUAGUUUUAGGAAAAAUAAUUUUGCAAUUGAUGGAUUAAUUAUCUCUGAAACAUUGACAUCAUCUGAUGAAGCCUUGUAUACUGAUUAUAAAGCUAGAGGUUUUAUGAAUAAUAAUAAUAAACAGAAGAACAUUGAAAGUCGUCGUUCAUUUCCACGUCUUUGGGCUGGUAUGAACAGUAUUUUAUCUGGUCAUUGGAAUUCUUUAUUUAAUACAAAACAUUUGAGAUCAUUCAAAUCAGGUUCUACAAUGACAUCAACUACAACUACUGGUUUUACACCUACUUCUAAUGUGCAACUUAUCUCGGAAUCUGAAAGCGUAAAGCGUCUAAGAAGAAGCAUUUUAGAUCCACGUUCAUACCAAUCUUUGAGUUUUCUUGCAAUAUUAUUUACAACAAAAUGUAUUAUGAGACCAGAACCAUGUGUUCCACCUUUGAUUGCUACAGUGGAAUUUUACGGUUCAAAUGAUUUGCCGUUAGGAUUAUUUUUGGAGAAAUUUUGUUUCAUGCAACAACAUUGUCGUAAUCCACUUUGUAAUGUAGUAAUGGCUGAUCAUAUUCAAAGAUUUAUUCAGACUUCAGGAUCAGUACAACUUAUGAUUCGUCAAUUGAUUCAAGAUCCACCUCGAUCAGAAGUGUUAUCAGAUAUACCAAAUCAAGGUAGUAAUGAUGCAAAAUAUCGUCGUCCCUGUCGUAUACAAAUGUGGUUAUUCUGUCCAAUCUGUCGUAUUAAUUCACCUAUCAAACAUAUGUCUGCUGAUACUUGGCAUUUGUCUUUUGUAAAAUUUCUUGAUUUAAUAAUAAAUAGUUCUGACAAUUGGGCUUAUUGUGGUCUAUUCAAUAAAACCUCGGAUGAUGCAGUCAGUGAGGUCAACACAACUGAUGCGUCUAAUGAACUAUCACUUAAUUCAGUAAGACAUGGAAUUGAAAAUCAAACUAUGAGUCCAAUAUUACAAUUCCAGUGCCCACAUUCUGUGUAUAAAUGUUUGGAACAUUGCUUUGCUUUUAAUCGAAAAUUAGCUAUUUUUAAGUAUCAACCGGUUAAUGUUUAUGAAAUUGUUAUGCCUCCAAGUGAAAUUCGUGUGUUCCCGGUGAAAGCCGAUAAUUUGAAGUCGGAAAGUACUCGCAUGUUAACUACGAAAAAACUAACUACUGAAGGUCACAUGAAUACAACUAAUUUGGAAGAUGGUUACUGUGCGGAUAGUACAGAUCAUACUACCGCUAGUGCCACUAAAUCUCAUAGUCAGUCAAAUAAUCACAAGUGGGGAUCAAAAGUUACUAACCUGGAAAAAAGCUCUCAUUUACCAAGUUAUCUCUACACUGAAGCAUCCGACGUUUUAACAAAGUAUUACACUAUAAAUACUGUAAUUAAAUGUCAUAUUGCCAAUCAACAAAAUGAGAAAUUAUCUUGUGAACUGUCCGCUAUGCUCGAAGCCUAUCUAAAAGUUCUUGAAUGUGAUUCCACUCGUAUACUAAUGGAUGAAAGAUCAGAAAUUUUGGAUUUCAUUCUGCAUCCAAGUGACAGUGGUCAAAAGGAAAGGCUUUCUAAUAAACAGUAUAUUGAAGACAUACCAACGGGUAUAUCACAUAGUCUAGGCUCUCUUACAAAGCCUGUAGAAGACGAUUCUGAACCAAACACUGUAGAAAACGAAAAAAUGUCCACAUCUGACAAGCAAACACUAACUACGGAUGAAAAAAUCUCUUGUACGACAACAAUUCAGUCACGUGCUCGAACUCACUCAAAUAGCAUUUCAAGUGUUCAUAAUGGCUCCAGUGAAACUACUGAACAAAGAUAUGAUGUUUCACAAAAUGAAACCAAAUGUCAUAAUUGGUUCAAACUAAUCUCUAGUCUAAACAAUGUUGAACAGGCUUUAAUUGUACAAAGAUUAAUUAAUGAAUUAAAACGUUGGAUGUAUCGAUUUGUUUCAGAUUGGAAUUUCAGAUUUAAUGAAUAUGAAUUAUUAAUGAAACGACUUGAAAAAAAUAUACGCGACAAACGGAAAAAGCCGACAUUAUCCCAUAUUUCUACAACGGUUGCUAAUUCAUCUCUUCACCCAUCACUGAAUCUUCUUUCUCCUUCAGUUCCUUCUCAAGUAACGUUUACAACGUCUGUAUCACCACCACCACCAACAACAACAACAACACCAUUGCCCGUUAGUAGUAUCAUAACUAGUUCAAAGAGUGCAAACAAUCUUCUAGAUUCUACAAAAUCAUCUGAGCACAAUAAUGAUAUGAUUACAAAUCUGUCUUCUUCCAAUAUACCCAUUGAAGUAUCAACAUCUCAAACUAUUUACUUUAAUUCUGUAGAUCAAAAUAUGAACAAAUUUUCAACUGUAAUCGAUUUAAGUAACAACAUUUCAGUUAAUUCAAAAACAUCAUUAAAUAAUGUAUUAACAGUCAGUCAACCAGAACUACUAGUCCAGUCUAUAAAAAGAGACCGUGAAAUGCACAAUUCUAUUGAAAACACUUCAAGUCUUGAUUCUUUUAAGUCUGGUUUCAAUUCAUUUCAUGAUAGUAUUAACCAUGAUUCAAGCCAACAUACAGAAGAUAAUUAUGUAUCUGAUUUGUCUAAGAAUUUACCUAUCUUGGAUCCUUUAAAUUUAAAAGCUGUUUACCAACGACGCGGUCCGGAAAUCUUCAAUACUGAAUCUUCUCAAAAUCAGUCUAACAAAACAGAAUCUUCAGCUCAUCCUAUCCAAAAUGAGAUCUCUAUAGCAAAUAAUUCUUCCUCUUCUGGUGUGCGUCGCUUUAUUCAUAACUUUUUACCAUCAGCUAUGGAUUUAAAAGUAUUUGGCGAACCGGUCCCACCUUACGAACAUCCUCAACUGACCAUAUGUGACGAAAGUUGCAUUAACAUUUUAAAACGUAUUGAAACUACUGUGAAUAAAUCAAAUCAAAUGAAAUUGAAUAGUUGUGAUUAUAGCCGACUGUCUGAGUCUAUCUGUCAAUUAUUGCUUGCACAUCCAGAUGUUUAUGUUAAUGAUCGAGAAUUUACUUCAAUUAUAGCUUUUGCUUUGACUACAAGAGAAUACGAAAGAAAAUUAGUAGAUUUACAUUUUACCUUUCAAGGCUCAUUGCAGCACAGCUCAGAUAUUCAGCUUGGUCAACCUGCUCUUGCUAAUUUUAAGGAUAAUGAGUCAGUUGUUAUAACUGAGAACAUGUCUAGUGCGAAAUGUAUUGAUGAAAAAGAAAAAAGAAACAUUCUGGAUGAUGAAACUUCUCUACCGAAUCCAACUGAUGAUGGUUCUUCUAAAAAGUCAGAAACAUCACAAGAAGAAAGUAACAGAAUAUCAUCUUCAUCAAGUGUAAGUACAUUGCGUGAUCAAAAACCGCCUACACAUACUCAUAAUAUAUCUGCCAGUUCUCACACCACCUCAUUAUCAACACCUACAACUGACAAAUCCAAUGGGUCUCGAAGUCGCCAUAUUAAAAUACAGUUUUCGGAUAGUUCAACUACUUUCUUCUGUUGUGUGUACUAUGCCUCUGAAUUUUUCCGUUUACGUCAACUUAUAAUGCCUAAUGGAGAUCUAUCUUUCAUACAAUCUUUAUCACGAUGCUAUCAAUGGGAUGCACGUGGUGGUAAAUCAGGCUCCUUAUUCAUGAAAACUCGAGAUGAACGUUUUGUUAUUAAAGAACUGUCUUCAAUUGAAAUGAAAACAUUUCAUGAAAUCUCUCAGGAUUAUUUUGACUACCUGAUUACUGCAGCACUUGAACAACGUCUUUGUGUUCUGUCAAGAAUACUAGGCAUUUUUCAUGUUGGAUUUAAAAAUUCUACAUCAGGUGAAGCCCAUCGAUUCGAUGUACUUGUAAUGGAAAAUUUAUAUUAUGGACAUACUCAACUGGCAUAUAUUUAUGACUUGAAAGGCUCACUACGUAAACGACUAGUAGAUGAAUCGUCCAAUAAUGGAAUGAAUGCAAACUCUACUACUACAAAUACUACUAUACCUGCAGACCUAGCACAAACAACUGAUGAAACCACAACUAAUUCCGGUGUUGCAUCGUACCAUUCGUUUACAUGCAAUCAGUCAACAACAGUAUCAGAUAGUGGUUUGACUUCAGAGACAACUACAGUUAAACAUAAUGUACCUGUUCUUCUAGAUCAGAAUUUACUAAAUGCUUCAAUAGAUAAUCCGUUGUAUUUAAGAGUUCAUUCAAAGAAUGCUCUUUCACAUUGUCUAAAUAUGGAUACUGCAUUUUUAGCAAAUCUAUUUAUUAUGGAUUAUUCUCUAUUAGUCGGUGUUGAUACAACAACUAAUCAACUUAUUAUUGGUCUAAUUGAUUAUCUACGUAAAUUUACAUUAGAUAAACGUUUAGAAAUGAUUAUUAAACAAACAAUAACUAGUGCGCAAGGUCCAAUGCCAACUAUAUUAACACCAGAUUUAUAUCGUGAACGUUUUCUUUAUCAAUUGCAUAGUUAUUUUCCAUUAUUACCAGAUCAAUGGUAUGAUAGUUUAGCUGAACAUACUGAAAAUUGGCGUGUAUCAUCUGUUCAACGUAAAUCUUUAUCAGUAAAUAAGACAAAGUGAAUAUUUGAUUUAUUUAUAUUUAUACCAGAAACUGUGAAUAGUAAAUAAUAAGUGAUUACCAUAAAUGAAUAAGAUUAACUUACUUUUAUUAUUAUUACUACUGUCUAAUCCUUAUUUUCUAUUUUUAUGAUUCUAAUCAUAUAUUAUCAUUGAAGCAAACACAGUUGAUAUUUAUUUUUGUCAAUUAUAAUUUCUUGUUUUAUUUUUAGCAUUCUUUUAUUUAUUUCACAAUUUGUCUUUCAUAUUAUAUAAUCGUCUUAUGUAUUUUUGGAGAAUACACUUUCAAAAUUGAAUGCAGUUUUUUCUCAUUGUUACUGACUAUGUUUGGGAUUUGUUCCACUAUUACUGUGAAUGCAGAAUAUUCUUUUAGGGCUGAUCUAGGUAAACGCUUUAACCAAUUAUAGGUAGUGAAAUAGCUGAGUGCAUCAACCACUUCAAUUAUUUCUGAAGUUCUAUCGACCGUGGUGAUUUGGUGUUUGAUGAAAUCGCAGGAUGAUUUCACUUGACCUUCACCAACUUGUUUAUCAGCGCGAUCUGUUUAUUUGAUUUGUUGGAGCUAUUCACUUGAUGGGAUCAAAAGAUACUUUGUUUGGAUGAUUCGUAAUUCUACCAAAGGUGUGUUCCUUU